AGCAGUCCCCGUUUAACACCCUCUGGAAUAGCGAUAAUGGCACAUGGAUCACAAUUAAAUGUCCUCGAAAUCAACAACUCUCCAAUCAACGUUGAGCACGAUAAGAAAAGACGCCAGUUUGUGAUCAGACUGAAUGGGUCCCACGACCGCGCCGUGCUGCUGUACGAGUACGUGGGGAAGAAGACGGUGGACCUGCAGCACACGGAGGUCCCCGACGCGUACCGAGGCCGCGGCAUCGCCAAGCACCUGGCGAAGGCCGCCAUGGACUUCGUGGUGGAGGAGGACCUGAAGGCUCACCUGACCUGCUGGUACAUCCAGAAGUACGUCAAGGAGAACCCACAGCCACGCUACUUUGAGCACAUCUACCAGUGAGCUGGUGGAGGAGGAGGGGGGGGGGUGUGGAGGAGGGGUUACUCUGGGUGGAGGAGGAGGAGGACCAGGGCACACACCCCCGCACGGACGGAGAGAGGGAGAGAACGAGAGAGACAUCUUCUCCUCAUACUUUGGGGGGGGGUGGAUGUCCACAUCACAGGGUCUUCAAGCCCCUGGUUAACGAGACAUUAUGUAACUUAAUGAACACAGAGGGGCUUCGGCGGCCCGCAUCGAGGAGCCGGACUGCGGGCCUCGGGCAGGGACGGCUGGGAGAUGAGUGAGUGAUUCACUCGCCGUGACUCACCAGAACACAAGCAGCCGGCCGAGCUACUCUUCCCCAGCCAGGAGGAGCCUCUUCAGGGUACAGGCCAGCGGCAGCACCUGCAUGUCUUUGUUUGUUGAGUCCUCUUGACCCAGGAGUGGAGGAGGUCAACACGAGGGGAACUCUGUUCUAGGUUGUGACGCUUCGAGGUUAGCUAGCCUCACGCUACUGCUUUUUAUUUAGCGUUGAUCUUUCACCCUGAAGCUUUGUCGUGACCUGGGAUACUUUAGUCUGUCAAACUGAAGGGUUCGAUCAGUGCUACGUGUGGAGAAGUGAAAAUAUAUUUCUGAUCUGGGUUUUUCUGUGUUUAGGAUAAGAUAGGCUUGUUUAGUUUCAAGGUCGUAUUAUUCUCCAAAGGGCAUGUGGGGUUGGGUUGACGAAGGCUAUUUUUCAGAUCCUGUUUUUUUUUAGGGCAGAAUAUAUCCAUCAUGUGCGACUUCGGAGUUGUGUAUUUUGCUGUUUUUGUGUUAUUUUUUAUUCUUCUUCUGUCACUCUGUCAAAACAACUUGUGAACUUCAGAACCAAAGAGCUCAAUCUAAUAUCCACCAUCCAUCCUUGGACAACCAAAGAUGGAUCAACCUGUCUCAGCAGAGAGACAUAGACACGUAGAGAUAGACUGGCUCUCCCACUGUGCUGUGCAAUAAUAGAUCAUAUAGAAGCUAACCCCCCCCCCCCCCCCACACCGUCACUAGAGCCCCGUGCUUUAGGGAUACACAGUUUGUCACUUUUCAUUUCCAUGAUUCAGUUGUUCUUCGGUGUUCCCUGAGGUGAUGGUCUCGUUGAGGGUUCUGUGGGCGUAAGCUGAGACCUCACUCAGGAAUAGGUUUGUUAUUUACCUGGAGGCCGUUUGAGUCGUCCUCAUUCUGAAGCACUAAGCACUGAGAGACUACAAACCAGGUCAAUAGUUACACUUGAUCUACACCUGGGACCUCCUCCUCUCCUCUCCUCUGGGACCAACACCUCCGGGACCUUCUCCUCCUCCUCCUCUCCUCUGGGACCAACACCUCCUCCUCUCCUCUGGGACCAACACCUCCUCCUCCUCUUCCUCCACCUCUCCUCCUCCUCACUCCUCCUCCUCACUCCUCCUCCUCCUCCUCCACUCUAAACAAACCUUCAGGUGAAUCUGCACAGGAAGUGAAAGGUGUUCUGCUGACUGACACUGGGGGCCACACAGGGCGAUUAGUGCUAGGCCUUUCUGCUAUUUUCUGUUCUUUUUUAAGCUACUUCUAUGUAAUUAUUGUAUAGUUACAUGAACUGACCCUACAGAUGCAUUAGAUUCUUGUUUUUCAUUGUUUGUUUGUUAAUAAAUAGUUGAACACGUGUCCGGGCGGUGUUGACCUCCAGCCACAGGAUUCAAACCGCUUCACGUUCUCAGAUCACGCUUACUAUAACCAAUGAGGAACCGGUGUAAAUACUUGUUUUUAAGACCGAACAUAAUUCAUAGAACACUUUGUUGCUGUGAGUUCUACUCCCAACUUUAUGGGGGGGUUCUCUGUCACUGGAUACUGGCUGGCGGCCAGUUUUUUGGGGGGUCGCUUCAAAACAACGGUGGUCACCUUCAACCUAAACCAUUGCAAUCAUCUUAUCCAAACCAUCAAUUAUUAUUAUUUUUAUUUUUCCAUAAAUAAAAGUUAUACUUGUGUGCAAAUGUUA